GGAGGGAGACAGCUCUGUUAGUGCCAAGGAGACAUAAUACAGGGCAGCACAUUAAUUCCGACCCUAAGGGGCACCGAGAUAUGAGUGGCAGUCACAUUAACUGUCAGACAGAAGAAGCCUAUGGGGCACAGUACCAGGCAGGACAGCGGGAAGCUGCCAGGGAAGUCACACAGAGAGCCGACAGGCUGCACAUUAAAGACACAGACGCCGCCCUUGGACUAAACUGCUGCCGCCCAACUCCCUCCCCCAGACGCCCAGCGCUGCCCGGGAAGGAGGAAGAGGGGGAGGCCGGGCUCAGAGCGGGGCACCAUGGAUGAGCGAUUUUGCAGCGCUUUUGGAAACCUGAGCCUGGAUGAGCAAAACAGACGCUACAGGCACCAGCGGCGCCCCCAAAGCAGACAACAGAAUCCUCUGCCGGCUCCACAGCGCCCCCGCCCGGCCCCUCGCUCAUCUCGCUUCAGUAAACACAUCUACCUGCUUAGGGGUCUUCCGGGCUCCGGCAAAUCCAGCCUGGCCAGAACAAAACAACUUACUGGUGCCACUGUGUUCCACUGAUUGUAGGAAACUGAAGCAGGAUUUCCCAAGUGCCCUUGUGUUCAGCACAGACGAGUACUUUCUCAUGGACGAUGGCACUUACUUGUUUGACCAUGAAAUGCUGCCCGAAGCUCAUAAAUGGAACCAGAAAAGAGCACGCAAGGCAAUGAGCAAAGGGAAGACCCCCAUUAUCAUUGAUAAUACCAAUAUCCAGGCUUGGGAAAUGAAGCCUUAUGCAGUCAUGGCACUCGAGAACCAAUAUCAAGUUAUUUUCCUGGAGCCGAGCACUCGCUGGAAGUUCAAUGUGGCGGAACUAGCAAGAAGAAACAGCCAUGGGGUCCCUCGGGAGAAGAUUCAGAGGAUGAAAGACGUCUAUGACCACAAUGUCACUUUUCAGACUGUUCUACAUGCUGAAAAGCCAUAAGAAGUGGGGGGAUCUGGUGCAUGGACUCUACCCAAAACCUGGAAUUCAUUUCAAGCUGUUUCCUAAACAUAUGGAAGAUUCAACUGUCUGGGGGAUUGUUUUCUGUAAAACUACUAUCGGGAGAGACCUUCUCUGUUCAGCUGUUCUGAGCCAGUGGCUACAGGCUUAUGGUGCUGUGAGGCAGAGCGGUCUUCCCCACUAAAGGCUAGUUUUAAGCAUUUGUGCAUCAUCGGACUAUUCCUCAUACAGACACGCAGUGUACAACACAACUCCUCACAUUCCAAAUAUAAUCGCCUGGUAGAAGUCUAGCAUGGUAACCCUAAAUGGAAAUACAAUAAACCCCAACUCCUGUUAUAGACAUGGUGCAACCUCUUAUCAAACAAAUCUAAAGGGGACAUAAAUUCUGCCAUAUAAUUUAAAACUGUUCAGAGUAAUUUACACAAUGUUUAGUUCAUUAUAUCAGCAGUUUACACACUGCCUAGCAUCAUGUAUGUGUGACAAGAGUGCCCUCUGCUGUUUGUCCAAGGCAGAACAGCCUACGCUUCAUUUACUGAAGUAGAAUGUGUCUUUUGACACUUCCCUGCUCAGUUCAAUUGUUCAGUGCAACAGGAGUGAUAGAAUUAAGGAGGGAUGCAUCAGGAGACACUUCUUGCUUCAGUAAAUAAAGCUUUUGCUGUUUUGCCUGAGCCGCGCCCAGGCCUAACAGUAGAGAAUGCUCUGGUCACACAAUCAUGGUAUUAAUCUAAAAAAAUAAUGAUGAUGUAAAUUGCAAAAGUAUUUUUUUUUGCAUUCAUUUAUAAUAAUAUAUAAUAUGGUUUCCCCUUUAAACUGAAGCUUUCUUGUAGGACAGUCUGCUACAGCAACCUAUCCUGAUUUUGUAUUAUAGUGUGAUACAUGAGUAAACGUUAGGCUUCUAGUUUGCAUUGCUUUCUAUGGAACAAGGCAUUUCCAGCUGGCACCAAUAACAUUCUCUCUGAUACAAUCUACAUUUCCAGAUUUCAGCUGUACAUUGCUCUGAUUUUUGUAGCAGCCAAUGUAAUUGGGUUACAAGCAGGCAAUUUAACAGAACGUACAGAAUUGCCUGUAUAAACAUGGCUUUGGGACCAAGGACAUCAGGAGUAUGGUGCUAAACUGGACCAAAAGGGCACUUAGAAGGAUUAUAACUUUGCCCCACUGUUAAGUUGCCCUGUGCAUUAGAAUAGAAGUUGUGCCAUGAGUAUAAAUGCAUGGCAUUCUGUAGAACAAGGUAAUAUAUACCAUUGCAUUGAGCAGGAAACAAGGUUAAACAGCACAUGAAUUGUAUGCCAUACUUCUAAAACUAUAUACAUUAGGAGUCUGUACCAUUAUACAAGGUGUAGUGUCUGGCUAGGUCAGGUAGGUAAUCUUUGAAUGUGCAUUGCACUAUUCCCUAUUCCCUCGUUGCACCAAAGAACACCCUUGCACCUUGACAAAUGCCCCUGUGUGUAUCAUAAAAGAAGAUAUAUCCUUCUGCCUUAAAUUAAAACAAAUGAAAGAUGCCAUUCUUCUCUCCUCAGCUUAAAUAAACUUGCAGCUUCCCCAGAGACAAUAUAGUAACAGCAGGUAUGGGGAUCCCUCUAUCCUGGGUCCCCUGACAUGACUCCUGCCUAAACUGAUGGUGGCCCUGAUGGAGACAUUUGUGGCUAACCAUAAGUCAGCAAUAUGCAUUUUUAAUAAGAUGAUUAAGGCGUAAUAUUAUAAAAUUAUACUAAGUUUGCCCCAGUGUAAUAACCUAUAGCAACCAAUCAGCAGGUACUUUAGUAUUUACUCAUCACAAACAUUUGUCUUAUUGGUUGCUGUGGGUUACUGAACCUGGGCAAACACUGCCUUUUACAGAAUAUUAUAUGUAAUAAAAAUUAACCAUUCCACCAAAUCAAUGAUUUUAAAUUAGCUGUAUUUUUGUAGUUUCUGUAUAUAAGUGAGAUACAUUGCAAGUGAUACUUUAGUGUUUAUAUUUUGUAUUUUUAUUCCUAAAGCUUCUGCUGUCUAUGUGUUGUACUUACUGUAUCGCUGUAGAGAGGUUAAAGCAGCAGCUCUUGACUAAUUCCUGUUGUACUUUAAUGGAUACUUGUAUUUUGAUUCCUGACUUCAUGUUCAUUCUUUUUGAAUACAGUUUGUCUGUAGAACUUGCUGAAUUUAUAAAUAUAUACACACUGUUUUUAAACAUCUAUUUACAGUUUGUGUAAUUAAACACACAUGGUGCCACUA